AGAGGAGGAAGAGGAGCAGCUGAACACGCUGAGAGCCUCAAACAUCCGGGGACUUCUGUCGGGACAUUUCUCUCUUUUUUUUGGAAAAGUUUUGAAGUGAUAAACCAACAGGAGCAGCUGGAUUUUCUUUUAGUUUUUAUUUUUACAAGGUGUUGUUGAGAUGAUUCCUCUAAUCCUGCUCUGCUCGCUCAGUCUGAGUUCUGCUCAAGUGCCCCCCCCCUCGGUGCAGAUGGCAGCCUCCGGCUCUCUGGCAGGUCGUGUAGUGCUUCCCUGCCUCUUCUCCAUCCCCCCCCAAACCACGGAGACUCCCACGCCUCCCCCUCUCCUCCCUGCUCCUGCUGACCCCACCACAGCCAUCACCUCCACCCCGGGCCCCGACGAGGUGCUGAGGAUCAAGUGGACGAAGCUGGAGGCAUCUGGGGAGCAGGUGGUGCUGGUGGCGCAGGGCGGGGGGGUGAAGGUGGGGACGGCCUACAGGGGGAGGGUGUCGGUAGCGUCUCACCCCCUCUCGGUGGGAGAUGCCUCCCUGCAGCUGGUCCGGCUCCAGGCCAGCGAUGCUGGGCUGUAUCGCUGCCAGGUGAUGCACGGCCUGGAGGAGACGCAGGACACCGUCAGCCUCAGCGUUACUGGCGUGGUGUUCCACUACCGGGCCAACAGCAGCCGCUACACGCUGGACUUCCCUGCAGCCGUGGAGGCGUGCGAACACGCCGGCGCUGCCAUCGCUUCACCGGAACAGCUGCAGGCUGCGUUCGAGGAUGGCUUCGACCAAUGUGAUGCCGGCUGGCUCUCCGACCAGACGGUCAGUUACCCCAUCACUGACCCGCGGCCCGGCUGUGCGGGGAACCUGCUGAGUCGACCCGGAGUCAGAACGUACGGCCUCCGAGAACCUGCGGAGAAAUACGACGUGUACUGCUACGUGGACAAACUGCACGGCGAGGUCUUCUACCCCCCCUCCCUCAGGCAGAAGUUCUCUCUGCAGGGGGCCAGACUCCACUGUCUGUCUCUCGGUUCUGUGCUGGCGUCUCCGGGUCAGCUGUUCGCCGCCUGGAGGGCCGGAUUCAACCGCUGCGACUACGGCUGGCUGUCUGACGGCAGCGCUCGAUACCCGGUCACUGUGCCCCGGGCCCAGUGUGGGGGGGGGCAACUGGGGGUCCGGACGCUCUACAAAUACGAAAACCAAACGGGUUUCCCCGACCCCGAAGAGAAACAUGGACUCUACUGCUUCAAAGCUAAACUCCCCGAACCGACGACUACAAAUCCUCCGAUGACAUCCACUGAAUCCACAACUGAACACCCCAGAACCACUCCAACACCCGGACCAGUCUUCGUCCCAGAAGGAGCUGAAAUCCAAACACAAGACCCUGUGACAUAUUCCCAACCGGACCAACACACCCCGGCCCCAGGGACCCCCACACCCAUGGUCUUAGACUAUGAAGACCCAGUUUUCAACCCCAACGUACUAGAGGCAUUACCAGGUAGAGGAGACUUUCUGCCCCCCAUGCAGCUCCCUCCGUUACCCACCACCCGCCAGCAGCCACCCCACCUCGACAUCGCCCACGGGGGGGAGGAGGUAGGCCGGGUUGUGUCCGGUAGCGGCAGUGGGGAGAGAGGAAGCAGCGAGGGGAGCUCCAGUGGGGCAAUGGUGAUCCCAGGACAAGGGUGGGUGGACACCACGACGAGACCAAGUUCCCUUCUGGAUGUCAACCCAGAAACCACACCGAGACCAGGUCCGCUUCUGGAAGUCACCCCAGAAACCACACCGAGACCAGGUCCACUUCUGGAAGUCACCCCAGAAACCAUACAGAGACCAGGUCCGCUUCUGGAAGUCACCCCAGAAACCACACCGAGACCAGGACCGCUUCUGGAAGUCACCCCUGAAACCACACAGAGACCAAGUUCCCUUCUGGAAGUCACCCCAGAAACCACACCGAGACCAAGUUCCCUUCUGGAAGUCACCCCAGAAACCACACCGAGACCAGGACCGCUUCUGGAAGUCACCCCAGAAACCACACCGAGACCAGGACCGCUUCUGGAAGUCACCCCAGAAACCACACUGAGACCAGGACCGCUUCUGGAAGUCACCCCAGAAACCACACCGAGACCAGGUCUGCUUCUGGAAGUCACCCCAGAAACCACACUGAGACCAGGUCCGCUUCUGGAAGUCACCCCAGAAACCACACCGAGACCAGGUCCGCUUCUGGAAGUCACCCCAGAAACCACACCAUCGAGACAAUCGCAUCUUCUCCCAGGAACCCAGACCCUUGAACCAGGGGCGCCCGCCAGUACCAGAGAGGGGGGGCAGCAACCGGCAGUGGUUUUUAAAGAGGACGUCACCCCGGGAACCACAUUUGACCUCGACCAAUCGCUGGCCAUUCCUGUAGACCCGGAGUCGUCUUCAGGCAAAACUCCUUUCCAUCUCAUCAUCGUCAACAUAAAGGACAAAAAUCAAUCAGUGGAAGACAUCGUUAGCAUCCUGAACCAGCCUCAGUCUCAGUUCCCUCAGAUCACCGACUUCUCUAAGGUGACCGCUGAAAGUGUGCAGGGCAGCGGAGACACCGACCCGUUCGAUGUCUCUCCCAUCAACCUGCCUCCGACCAUCAGAUUCCUCAAUGGGAAACACGAGGUGACACUUGAGCCGAAGCAGCCAGAGGAAGCCAGAGGAGAUCAGUUCGAGACUGCCACACCUGUUCAGGUCAACGAGGUGGAGCAUGAAAACGAGACGGAGAAAGAAAAUGUGUCUCGUUUUGACUACGACAUCAUCGAGACCCCAACUGAAGACACCAUUGUAAAAGACCCAUUCCCUACAGAUGCUUCCCCAGAUGCAACCGCGGUCUCUGACGUACAUACUGAAGAACCAGGCGAUCAGACGGACACGAGAACCACCUCCACAACCCACCAGAAACUCCACAUCUCAUCCCCGGCGACCACAACUCCCUCAGCCCCCUCCUCUGUCCCCCAGCCUCCCACCAAAGGGGUCUCCACCUUCGACGAUAUGGAAGGCUCUGCCAGUCGCAGCACCGACGACGAGUCCUGUGCGUCGCAGGAAGGCUCCGCGGACGAUGCUCCGCCGACUGCAGGGAGUCAGUUCGAAGUUGUGACCGAAGAGACGGAGCUCGGAGGGACGGAGCCUCCCACUUCGACCCCAGAUGCACCAUCAAAGGAAACGACCACAAAGACCAACACGGAGGACUCUGAAGGGUCCGCGUCUGGGGAAGACGAAGCUUCAGGACAAGACCCACCGGGGAUCUAUUCUACCCAGAGACCUCAACCUGGAGCCAAAGCAGAAGAGCCUAUGGUUUUACCGGCUGUAGACGUGGUCUCAGAUGCAGGCUCAGGUGCAGGACAGCUGUCCGGAGAUGGAGAGGUAGCUGGGGAGGUUGCUGGGGAAAAGGGUGGUCCUGUUGACCCCCCUACAGAAGUCACAGUUACUGUUUUACCAGAUGUGGCAGCUGUGACCUUUGCAGACCAAACCACAAACAGAAAGGACGUGACCUCAGAAGUUACCACGCCAAAAUACUCCACCACACACGAUCAGAAACACCCUGAUCUCACCUCUGAGUCUGCACCCACGACCCCUGAAGACCACACCACCAAGACGAAGCAGACCACCUCGAGCUCCACCCAGCCCUUGUACACCUUCGAUCACCACACCCAGUCCGUGCCUCAGUGGGCUCUGACCCCUGACCCCGCUGCCACCCCUCUGCCAGACGAUGACUUUGUGGACUACGACAAAGCGUUGGCCCCUGUUCUGCUGGAGGCUCUGCCCCCGAAACCAGUAGAGACCCGGACCACAGAGCCGCCGGAGAACGCUCACCCUGCAGAGGUCAGCACUGUGGAAACCAGAGAUCUCCUGCCAUGCUCCACCAAUGUGUGUCUGAACGGAGGCACCUGCUACAAGAGGAACACACAGAAUAUGUGUGUGUGUGCACCUGGGUUCACCGGGCAGCUCUGUGAAACAGAUGUUGACGAGUGCCAGUCCAACCCCUGUCUGAACGGAGCCACCUGUCUGGAUGGAGUCGCCUCCUUCACCUGCCUCUGUCUGCCCAGCUACUCCGGAGAGCUCUGCGAACAAGACACCGAGGUGUGUGGCUUCGGCUGGCUGAAGUUCCAGUCUCACUGCUAUAAGUACUUCACUCACCGCCGGACGUGGGACGCUGCAGAGCGGGAGUGCCGGCUGCACGGAGCCCACCUGACCAGCAUCCUGUCCGCAGAGGAGCAGCUGUACGUCAACCGACUGGGCAGCGACUACCAGUGGCUCGGCCUGAACGACAAGAUGUUCGAGAGGGACUUCAGAUGGACCGAUGGGAGGCCGAUGCAAUACGACCACUGGAGGCCGAACCAGCCCGACAGCUUCUUCCAGUCCGGAGAGGACUGCGUGGUGAUGAUCUGGCACGAAGGGGGCCAGUGGAACGACGUGCCCUGCAACUACCACCUGACCUUCACCUGCAAGAAGGGCACAGUCUCCUGUGGGCAGCCCCCCAUGGUGAAGGAGGCUCGGGUGUUCGGGGCGAUGAAGUCUCGCUACGAGAUCAACACCCUGCUGCGCUACCACUGUAAGCAGGGCUUCAUCCAGAGACAUGCCCCCACCAUACGCUGCCGGCCCAACGGCCAAUGGGACGCUCCGAAAGUCACCUGCACAAGCCCCGAAACCUAUCAUAAGCUGAUGACUCUCCGGCGCCGCAACAACCAGGACAACGAGCAGCAGAACCAACACGUCCACCACGCAAAGAGCCCCGAGAAACUGAGCAAAAAUGAAGAGCAGAAGCAGAGUUUCAGCUUCUUUCAGAACAUCUGGAACCCUUCCCAGAGGGAGAAGAGGCAUCAGCAGCAAGCGCAGGACGAGGACGAGAUGAGGCACUGAUCCGAGGGUUCGUAAACCAGCCGGACACAGAAGCAUCGACACACAGAGGGAUGCACUGAACUGUCUGUUGAUGGUGCUUCACCGGUACUCUGUCGCCCCAAAAAACCCUCCAGGAUCUGAACCGUAACACUAGUGAGAAGUUAGUUUUGUAAAGUUAGCUCACAGAUUAUUUCAAGACUUUUAAUGGUCUAACAUCCCACUGAGAAACCUCAGGUUUCCUCUGCAUGAUUCAGCUCGACUCAAUUUUGGUACCUUGUGCUUUUCUCAAUUUACUUUUCCACUGUAAGCGGGACUCUGAGCAAAGUUGCGUAACAAUGCUGUGAAUCAAGGACCAAUCAGAGGACUUCUUUCUGACCAGAAGUGGUUUUCAGGGGCUGUCAUUUAUAUCUCUGCAAACUGGAUCGUCCUAAUAUCAUUUGUGUGUCAUUGAACCUCUCAUAGUUGUGGUAAACACUUAUUGUUAUUGACUGCUUUAUAUAUCAUAAGGGGCUGCACCUAAUCAACAACUCCUUCUGCAGCAAAAGACUAAAACCAAGCCUCACCUUGUCCAUUGCAAGCCACAUUUUGGACUUCAAAAAUCCAUAGAAAGGUUGCAGGUUAAUUCCACACCCAACAUGAUAAGAUCCAAUUAAGUUAGCCAUGAUAUUGUGGCGGCUAUUGAAGUUAGCAUGGCUUUUUAAGAGGAUCGUUUUGUUGCUGGGGAGGAUUUACGCUUGGAUUCUAACUCCAGGUGGGACUUGGGGAAAGUACCAGGUAUUAUUCACAAAUUUUUCUAAUGGAAAACUCCAAAAAAGAUUGAGUUGAGUCGAGUUGUGCAGCGGGAACAAAGCUUGUGUUUCCUUUCUCUAAGUUGAACACAUCAUUCAAGGUACGCUAUGGAGGAUAUUUUAGUUUAUGAUACAAAAAAAAGGGACCAAAAAUAACCAUAACUGCACAAGGUGCCUUUCAUUUUAGGGACUUAGAGCACAUACAAACUGAAUAUUGAAUUACUUGUGUUUUAUUUUAUACAAACCAGCCCAGUAGUUUUAAGAAAGCAUGAAUGCACCCCUUUAAAUUAUUGUCAAAGAUUAUUUUCCGACGUGUCGGCUUCAGUUUGACCCGUUUCCACCAGCUGAUUUCCACGUGUAGAUUUUUGUACAAAAUAUUUUAGCUGAGAAACGUUUUGUUUUUUUUAUAUAAAAGGGAGAGGGAGAUUUAACGAGCGGCUCACGGAUCUGAAGAGGAGAUUAUUAUGAAUGUGUGUGUGCUAUUAAUCAUAGGAUAUAUAAUAUAGAUACUAUACGAAGCCAUAUGAACUUAAGUUAUUGUAUACUUUAGAAACUAUGAAUGGACUGUGAUGUAAAAUAAAGGUCAUUGGAAAAUGUGAUGACUUGCUGUUUACAGAUCUGAUGCUUUUUAUCGACUCAAAUUUACCACCAAAUUGUCCUUUUCUACGAAUAUUUGUUGGGUUUUGAGUUUAAAGAUGUCGCUACAGAUCUGGAAUCUGUGUUUUAAAAUCCAAUGAAUAAAGGAAUGUGAAAAUACGAGUGUAUUAGGACAAUUGUAGGUAAAAAAAAUAAAAAUAAGGAGCGAUAGAAGAGGAGGAACAAUCUAAGAAAGACGGUUUAAAAAUGCAUUUAAAAAGGGUAAAAAGCUCUGAUAUUCCUUCAGAUUAAAGUCUUUAAUUCAAGAUAACAAAACGAACAAAAUGUUCAAUAAAAAAAAUAAAUUCCCCAAAGACAUAAAGUCCCAUUUUUAGAUUUUUGUGAGGAAAAUCAAAUGUUAUCAACAACAAACAUAUAGCUAUGUAAAUUCAAUUAAUUCGUUAAUGUUCAAAAAAGUAUAAAACAUUUAAAUUAAAAUGAAAAAAACAUACAUUUUGGGGGAAUGUUCUACAUUUUGGGGGCUUUUGGGCUACUGGGAAAUAAAAAUAAAUACAGAAUUUUUGACAUUGACUGGAAUAUGUAAUGUUUUAUUGCAAAUUUAUACUAAAAUCUCAGAGAAUUUAUCCAGAUUUCUGUGUACAUUUGAGACUUUAUUCUCUUAAAUUGCGAUUCUUUUUUGUUAUUGUUUUAAGCCUACAAUAGUCCUUAUACACCAUCACAGAGGCAAGCUUUUUUUAAGGAUCUUUGUGCAUUUUGCCUCCUCUUCCUGUUCUUCAUUCUGUUUAUAUAUUGUCUGUCAGUGUAUAUGCUUUUUAUAAAUGUUCUUUACUCCAUGUUGUUUACUGUAUCUUUGGCACAAGAGCGUAUUUUUAUGUAAUCGUUGUUUCUUUCUCCGAUUUGAGUAACUGUAAAAAAAAAUGUCCUUCAUCCUGGUUUCAGUGUCAUUGUCAGCUGUGUGCGCAAUAAUAAGAACUAUCAUAACA